CCUGCUGGCUCGGAGCUCGGAGUCUCUGGCUUCCUCUGUCCCCUCAGAGUCUCAGAGUGGGGAGGAAGGAGAAACAUGUCGGCCGUGCAGCUGCUGCGGGUGUCGGUACAUGAGCGGAUCAGCGCUUCCGCUGAAGACUUCCUGCUGCAGGUGGAGAAAGGAGGAGGAAAGGCUGAAGUCCUGGAGCUGAGAGCGAUGCUCACCGAGCGGCUCGCGGGGGCGGGGGAGGAGAUCCUCACGAGGCUUGAGGAAACCGUGGCUGGGUACGAGGACCGAGUGGAGCGGUCCGAGCGGGAGAGGAGGCUGAUCGAUGCCGCGAUGCAGCCCGUAGUCCGGCUGCACAGAGCAGUGUGUCCUGCAGACGUCCAGCAACUGAUAGUGAUAAAAGAAGAGGUUCCCCCUGAGCAGCCGCAGAGGAACCCUCUUGUGGACCAGGAGGAUCCAGAGCCCCCCCACAUUAAAGAGGAACAAGAGGAACCGUGGACCAAUCAGGAUGGACAGCAGCUUCAAGGACUGGAGGAGGCUGAUAUCAAGUUCACAUUGACUCCUGUCGCUGUGAAGUGUGAAGAAGAUGAAGAGAAACUUAAAUCGUCAAAGCUUCAUCCGAGUGAGAGGAAGGAGAACAAAGCGGACUGUGGAGGACCAGAACCAGCCAGGAACUCAGGUCCUGAUGGACGUUUACAACAAGGUCCUGAGGAUAAGAAGGAAGACUCUUCUGAGACUGAAGAGAGUGAGGAUGAUUGGCUGGAGACCAGGGAACCUCAGACUGGCUUAAAUACAAGAAACAACAAACGGCCUCUAAGUGAUAUGGGAUGUAAGACAGAGAAAAAAACGUUUAGUUGCUCUGAGUGUGGUAAAAGAUUUAGCCUACGGAGCCAUCUAAAUACACAUAUGAUGAUUCAUACAGGAGAAAAACCGUUUAGUUGCUCUGAGUGUGGUAACAGUUUUAACCUAGGGGGCAAUCUAAAUACACAUAUGAGGAUUCAUACAGGAGAGAAACAGUUCAGUUGCUCUGAGUGUGAUAAAAGAUUUAGCCUACGGAGCCAUCUAAAUAGACAUAUGAUGAUUCAUACAGGAGAGAAACCGUUGAGUUGCUUUGAGUGUGGUAAAAUAUUCAACCAAAAGAGCAAUCUAAAUAGACAUAUGAGGAUUCAUACAGGAGAGAAACAGUUUAGUUGCUCUGAGUGUGGUAAAAUAUUCAACCAAAAGAGCAAUCUAAAUAGACAUAUGAUGAUUCAUACAGUAGAAAAACCGUUUAGUUGCUCUGAGUGUGGUAACAGUUUUAACCUAGGGGGCAAUCUAAAUACACAUAUGAGGAUUCAUACAGGAGAGAAACAGUUCAGUUGCUCUGAGUGUGAUAAAAGAUUUAGCCUACGGAGCCAUCUAAAUAGACAUAUGAUGAUUCAUACAGGAGAGAAACCGUUGAGUUGCUUUGAGUGUAGUAAAAUAUUCAACCAAAAGAGCAAUCUAAAUAGACAUAUGAGGAUUCAUACAGGAGAGAAACAGUUUAGUUGCUCUGAGUGUGGUAAAAUAUUCAACCAAAAGAGCAAUCUAAAUACACAUAUGAGGAUUCAUACAGGAGAGAAACAGUUUAGUUGCUCUGAGUGUGAUUAAAAAAUGUAGAUGUAGGGGCAGUCUAAAUAGACAUAUGAUGAUUCAUUCAGGAGAGAAACCAUACAGUUGCUCUGAGUGUGGUAAACGAUUUAACAAAAGGGGCGCUCUAAAUAAGCAUAUGAUGACUCAUACA